AUGAUAUCAGAAAAUCAUCUUUCAUCUUCUUUACAAACAACAUUAGCUGUUGGUGGUGCACUUGCACUUGUUGCUGGUGCUGUUAUUCAUCGUCAUAAAGAUAAAUUAUCAUCAUUUCUUGUAGAAAAUCUUGUUAAUGAAGAAAUGAAUCAAGAUAUUGAUUGGCAACAACUUUCUAUUCCAGCUCAGGCCCAAGGAUGUCCAGAAGCACGAGUGGCUACAUCACUUGGUUCACGGCCAUUAAUCACAAAUGGUAAAUCGAAGAUUGACGAUCAUAUUUUUACGACAUUUUAUGAAGGUUUUAAAGUUGGCAAAGAUAUUGCAAAUAAACGUGGAGAUAAUAGAUGUCUAGGUUAUCGAGUAGAUAAUCAAUCUGAUUAUCAAUGGGUGACAUACGAUGAAGUCGAACGUGCUGCUACCGAAAUCGGUAGUGCACUUAUUCAUUUGGGUGAAAAUCAAGGACAAAAUACAUUCAUUGGUAUCUAUGCAGGCAAUAGUGUUGAAUGGAUGACUACAGCAUUAGCAUGCCAUUGUCAUAGUAUGAUUUAUGUACCACUUUAUGAUACACUUGGAGAAGCUGCAAUUAUUCAUAUUAUGAAUCAGACUUCAUUAAAAACAGUUUUUAUUGAUAGAGCUGAAAAUGUUCUUACUUUACUUAAACUUGUUGAACAAGUGUCAACAUUAAAACGAAUUGUAUUAACAAAAAAAUUAAAAAUCGAUCAAGAAAAUGAAAUUAGAAAUAAAGCUAAGGAAAUUGCAGUUGAAAUAGUAACAUUCAAUGAAUUAUUAGAACUUGGUCGAUCAAAACCAGUAGCACAUCAUCCACCUAAACCUGAUGAUGUAUUUGAAAUUUGUUAUACAAGUGGUACGACAGGUUUACCAAAAGGUGCAAUGUUAACAAAUAAAAAUAUUGUUUGUUUGGUUCAAUCGGCAACUGAAUUUUUUAAACCUGUUUUUACUGAAUUGGAAACAUUGAUUUCAUAUUUACCAUUAGCUCAUUCAUAUGAACAAACUAUUGAACUUUUUUGUUUAUGUAGUGGUUUUAAAAUUGGUUAUUACUUAGGUGAUGUACGUCAAUUAGCUGAUGAUCUUGCUCGUUUAAAACCAACAGUAAUGCCAUGUGUACCUCGACUUCUUAAUCGAAUGUAUGAUAAUAUUCAAACAACAAUUCGUCAAUUAAGUCCACUUAAACGCUUUUUAUUUAAUAUGGCAUUCUCAGCUAAAGGACGUGAUAUUGAUGAACAUCGUGUAACACGUCAUAUGCUUUGGGAUGGUUUAGUUUUAAAACGUAUUCAAGAACGUCUUGGUGGACAUGUUAAAUUAAUAAUUAGUGGUGCUGCACCAUUAUCACCAUCAAUUCUACAAUUUCUUAAACGUGUUUGUGGAGCUUAUGUUGUUGAAGGUUAUGGACAAACUGAAUGUUGUGGUGUAUCAUCAUGUCAAACACUUGGUGAUCCAACUGUUGGAAAUAUAGGUGUACCAUUAAAUUGUAAUAUGAUUAAAUUAGCUGAUGUACCGGAUAUGCAAUAUUUUUCCAAAGAUAAUGUUGGAGAAUUAUGUAUCAAAGGUGGAAAUGUAUUUAAAGGCUAUUAUCGAGAUGAAGAAAAAACAAGAGAAGCACUUGAUAAUGAAGGAUGGUUACAUACGGGUGAUGUUGCUAAAUGGACAGCAAGUGGUCAAAUUCAAAUUAUUGAUCGCAAAAAACAUAUGUUUAAAUUAGCACAAGGUGAAUAUGUUGCACCUGAACGUAUUGAAAAUAUUUAUAUUCAGAGUAAAUUUGUUGCUCAAGUGUUUGUUUAUGGUAAUGGUUAUAAGAGUUACACAGUCGCCAUAUUUGUUCCAGAUGCUGAUAUACUAGAAAAACAUGCACGAGAAAAUAAUAUUUCAGGCGAUAUUGUAGAAUUAUGUAAGAAAAAGGAAAUUAAAGAUUUAAUAUUUCAGGAUAUUAAAAAAUUGGAAAAAGCAAAUUCAUUAAAAGGCUUUGAAAUGGCAAAAGAUAUUUAUCUUCAUGCCGAACAAUUUUCAAUUGAAAAUAAUCUUUUAACGCCAACAAUGAAAACAAAACGACCGGAAUUAGCGAAAUAUUUCGAAAAAGAAAUCGAUGAAAUGUACAAAUAUAUUGAAUAA